AUGUCCACACCAGUCUCGACUGUUGCAGGGUUAUCGUCAUCUGAUAUCGUCAAUGAGACAACACGAUCGCCUGAAGCUAUGACGAUUCAAAUAGGCACAGAACCCGAAACCUCCGGAGAAGGCUCUGCUGCUUUUGCUGACAAGUCAGUUGUGACCAUUGCCACUGCAUUCCCAACAUCUGCUGUCUCUGAUGGUAAACCCAUGAGCCCAUCAACGCUUUCUUCGAUUAUUCCAUCUGUCUCAUCAUCCACAACUCUGCAUGAUGAGUAUGAAGAAAUGAGUACAAGGUUUACAACUGUCGAGUCCAUUGAUGUGCUCAGUGAAUCAAGUAUUCAACCUGACGCAGCUUCAAAGCUCAUUGUCACUGAUGAGUCAAUGAAGACAACAGCAGUUUAUACAACAAUAGGCACAAAGUCAGCUUCAGUCUCAGAAUCAUACACAUCUCAAACAAGUGAUGUGUCAAAAACUGCUGUCACGCCAGCCGUCUUACUCCGCAGCACAGCAAAACCAACAUUGGAAUCUACUGAAACAGAACAAACUUUUACCACAUCCCAUUCUCAAGCAAAAUCUGAAACUUCAUUUGACACGUCAAGCUCAGCCAUAACUGAUGGAAGGACCACAAAUCCAUAUACUAGUGGAUACCCUGAAGAAAUGUCCAGCAAACACAUGGAAUCUCCAACAGGUUCCUCGUUAAUCAGUCCAGAGACCACAACAGCAGAACAAAUUGAUAGCUUUUCAACAGAACUAAGAACUCUCCCCUCAGUUUCAUCUCUUACUGAAAAGCCAGAGAAAAGUGUUGGUGCUACUACAGAAGAUAUGGACGGUUCAGGAACUCCGAGUACAGACUUGUUCACAUCAUCUAUAACCGUUAUUGGUGGAUCUUCCAGUCUCUACAGUAUUGACACAACAGUAACAACAUCUCCUGAAUCAGAGUCUGCCUCUGUGAGAACAGAACAAGGUACUUCUGGUGAAAACAUCACUAAGUCGACUGAGACACCCAUCACUAAAACCACGUCUGGCUCUUCUGCUUUCAAUAUUCUGUCCGUCUCGACAUCAAGAAAAGCCGAAACAAGUGACACUUCAAAAACAGACGUUUCUUCAGCUUCAGCGCUCCAGAGCACAGAGGAACCAACAUCAAUGUCAUCUGAAACAUAUCAGACUCUUGCUACAGUGAAGUUGCAGGAAACGUCAGCAGUUCCAGAGGAAAGUUCAAAAUCUCCAAUUACAAGAGAAGAUAAGACAAGUAAACCAACAAGUGAAAUGUCUAGCAGAGACAUUGCAUCUUCUACUGGCUCAUCGUUGUUCAGCACUGAGAAGACAACAAAUCUUCUACCUAAGGAUGACGACAGUGUUCAAACAGGUCAGACAACGACACCUUCACUUUCCACAGUAACAAGCAGAAAAGAAAGUUCUUCUGCCGCUUCUCCAGUAGAUAGAGACUAUACUAGAGGUCAAACCAUUGACAUGUCCACACCAGUCUCGACUGUUGCAGGGUUAUCGUCAUCUGAUAUCGUCAAUGAGACAACACGAUCGCCUGAAGCUAUGACGAUUCAAAUAGGCACAGAACCCGAAACCUCCGGAGAAGGCUCUGCUGCUUUUGCUGACAAGUCAGUUGUGACCAUUGCCACUGCAUUCCCAACAUCUGCUGUCUCUGAUGGUAAACCCAUGAGCCCAUCAACGCUUUCUUCGAUUAUUCCAUCUGUCUCAUCAUCCACAACUCUGCAUGAUGAGUAUGAAGAAAUGAGUACAAGGUUUACAACUGUCGAGUCCAUUGAUGUACUCGGUGAAUCAAGUAUUCAACCUGACGCAGCUUCAAAGCUCAUUGUCACUGAUGAGUCAAUGAAGACAACAGCAGUUUAUACAACAAUAGGCACAAAGUCAGCUUCAGUCUCAGAAUCAUACACAUCUGAAACAAGUGAUGUGUCAAAAACUGCUGUUACGCCAGCCGUCUUACUCCGUAGCACAGCAAAACCAACAUUGGAAUCUACUGAAACAGAACAAACUUUUACCACAUCCCAUUCUCAAGCAAAAUCUGAAACUUCAUUUGACACGUCAAGCUCAGCCAUAACUGAUGGAAGGACCACAAAUCCAUAUACUAGUGGAUACCCUGAAGAAAUGUCCAGCAAACACAUGGAAUCUCCAACAGGUUCCUCGUUAAUCAGUCCAGAGACCACAACAGCAGAACAAAUUGAUAGCUUUUCAACAGAACUAAGAACUCUCCCCUCAGUUUCAUCUCUUACUGAAAAGCCAGAGAAAAGUGUUGGUGCUACUACAGAAGAUAUGGACGGUUCAGGAACUCCGAGUACAGACUUGUUCACAUCAUCUAUAACCGUUAUUGGUGCAUCGUACAGUCUCUACAGUAUUGACACAACAACAGUAACAACAUCUCCUGAAUCAGAGUCUGCCUCUGUGAGAACAGAACAAGGUACUUCUGGUGAAAACGUCACUAAGUCUACUGAGACACCCAUCACUAAAACCACGUCUGGCUCUUCUGCUUUCAAUAUUCUGUCCGUCUCGACAUCAAGAAAAGCCGAAACAAGUGACACUUCAAAAACAGACGUUUCUUCAGCUUCAGCGCUCCAGAGCACAGAGGAACCAACAUCAAUGUCAUCUGAAACAUAUCAGACUCUUGCUACAGUGAAGUUGCAGGAAAUGUCAGCAGUUCCAGAGGAAAGUUCAAAAUCUCCAAUUACAAGAGAAGAUAGGACAAGUAAACCAACAAGUGAAAUGUCUAGCAGAGACAUUGCAUCUUCUACUGGCUCAUCGUUGUUCAGCACUGAGAAGACAACAAAUCUUCUACCUAAGGAUGACGACAGUGUUCAAACAGGUCAGACAACGACACCUUCACUUUCCACAGUAACGGGCAGAACAGAAAGUUCUUCUGCCGCUUCUCCAGUAGAUAGAGACUAUACUAGAGGCCAAACCAUUGACAUGUCCACACCAGUCUCGACUGUUGCAGGGUUAUCGUCAUCUGAUAUCGUCAAUGAGACAACACGAUCGCCUGAAGCUACGACGAUUCAAAUAGGCACAGAACCCGAAAUCUCCGGAGAAGGCUCUGCUGCUUUUGCUGACAAGUCAGCUGUGACCAUUGCCACUGCAUUCCCAACAUCUGCUGUCUCUGAUGGUAAACCCAUGAGCCCAUCAACGCUUUCUUCGAUUAUUCCAUCUGUCUCAUCAUCCACAACUCUGCAUGAUGAGUAUGAAGAAAUAAGUACAAGGUUUACAACUGUCGAGUCCAUUGAUGUACUCAGUGAAUCAAGUAUUCAACCUGACACAGCUUCAAAGCUCAUUGUCACAGAUCCAGAAAGUGCUGGACAAACACAUUCUAAUAUUACUGAUGAGUCAAUGAAGACAACAGCAGUUUAUACAACAAUAGGCACAAAGUCAGCUUCAGUCUCAGAAUCAUACACAUCUCAAACAAGUGAUGUGUCAAAAACUGCUGUCACGCCAGCCGUCUUACUCCGUAGCACAGCAAAACCAACAUUGGAAUCUACUGAAACAGAACAAACUUUUACCACAUCCCAUUCUCAAGCAAAAUCUGAAACUUCAUUUGACACGUCAAGCUCAGCCAUAACUGAUGGAAGGACCACAAAUCCAUAUACUAGUGGAUACCCUGAAGAAAUGUCCAGCAAACACAUGGAAUCUCCAACAGGUUCCUCGUUAAUCAGUCCAGAGACCACAACAGCAGAACAAAUUGAUAGCUUUUCAACAGAACUAAGAACUCUCCCCUCAGUUUCAUCUCUUACUGAAAAGCCAGAGAAAAGUGUUGGUGCUACUACAGAAGAUAUGGACGGUUCAGGAACUCCGAGUACAGACUUGUUCACAUCAUCUAUAACCGUUAUUGGUGCAUCGUACAGUCUCUACAGUAUUGACACAACAACAGUAACAACAUCUCCUGAAUCAGAGUCUGCCUCUGUGAGAACAGAACAAGGUACUUCUGGUGAAAACAUCACUAAGUCUACUGAGACACCCAUCACUAAAACCACGUCUGGCUCUUCUGCUUUCAAUAUUCUGUCCGUCUCGACAUCAAGAAAAGCCGAAACAAGUGACACUUCAAAAACAGACGUUUCUUCAGCUUCAGCGCUCCAGAGCACAGAGGAACCAACAUCAAUGUCAUCUGAAACAUAUCAGACUCUUGCUACAGUGAAGUUGCAGGAAAUGUCAGCAGUUCCAGAGGAAAGUUCAAAAUCUCCAAUUACAAGAGAAGAUAGGACAAGUAAACCAACAAGUGAAAUGUCUAGCAGAGACAUUGAAUCUUCUACUGGCUCAUCGUUGUUCAGCACUGAGAAGACAAGAAAUCUUCUACCUAAGGAUGACGACAGUGUUCAAACAGGUCAGACAACGACACCUUCACUUUCCACAGUAACGGGCAGAACAGAAAGUUCUUCUGCCGCUUCUCCAGUAGAUAGAGACUAUACUAGAGGCCAAACCAUUGACAUGUCCACACCAGUCUCGACUGUUGCAGGGUUAUCGUCAUCUGAUAUCGUCAAUGAGACAACACGAUCGCCUGAAGCUACGACGAUUCAAAUAGGCACAGAACCCGAAAUCUCCGGAGAAGGCUCUGCUGCUUUUGCUGACAAGUCAGUUGUGACCAUUGCCACUGCAUUCCCAACAUCUGCUGUCUCUGAUGGUAAACCCAUGAGCCCAUCAACGCUUUCUUCGAUUAUUCCAUCUGUCUCAUCAUCCACAACUCUGCAUGAUGAGUAUGAAGAAAUAAGUACAAGGUUUACAACUGUCGAGUCCAUUGAUGUACUCAGUGAAUCAAGUAUUCAACCUGACACAGCUUCAAAGCUCAUUGUCACAGAUCCAGAAAGUGCUGGACAAACACAUUCUAAUAUUACUGAUGAGUCAAUGAAGACAACAGCAGUUUAUACAACAAUAGGCACAAAGUCAGCUUCAGUCUCAGAAUCAUACACAUCUGAAACAAGUGAUUUGUCAAAAACUGCUGUUACGCCAGCCGUCUUACUCCGUAGCACAGCAAAACCAACAUUGGAAUCUACUGAAACAGAACAAACUUUUACCACAUCCCAUUCUCAAGCAAAAUCUGAAACUUCAUUUGACACGUCAAGCUCAGCCAUAACUGAUGGAAGGACCACAAAUCCAUAUACUAGUGGAUACCCUGAAGAAAUGUCCAGCAAACACAUGGAAUCUCCAACAGGUUACUCGUUAAUCAGUCCAGAGACCACAACAGCAGAACAAAUUGAUAGCUUUUCAACAGAACUAAGAACUCUCCCCUCAGUUUCAUCUCUUACUGAAAAGCCAGAGAAAAGUGUUGGUGCUACUACAGAAGAUAUGGACGGUUCAGGAACUCCGAGUACAGACUUGUUCACAUCAUCUAUAACCGUUAUUGGUGCAUCGUCCAGUCUCUACAGUAUUGACACAACAACAGUAACAACAUCUCCUGAAUCAGAGUCUGCCUCUGUGAGAACAGAACAAGGUACUUCUGGUGAAAACAUCACUAAGUCUACUGAGACACCCAUCACUAAAACCACGUCUGCCUCUUCUGCUUUCAAUAUUCUGUCCGUCUCGACAUCAAGAAAAGCCGAAACAAGUGACACUUCAAAAACAGACGUUUUCUUCAGCUUCAGCGCUCCAGAGCACAGAGGAACCAACAUCAAUGUCAUCUGAAACAUAUCAGACUCUUGCUACAGUGAAGUUGCAGGAAACGUCAGCAGUUCCAGAGGAAAGUUCAAAAUCUCCAAUUACAAGAGAAGAUAGGACAAGUAAACCAACAAGUGAAAUGU